UCAUUCUAGCAUGCUUUACUUUCAACAGUUUUUUUCCCUCUUUACACUGAAGAAAGGAGUGUACUAAAUCUAUUUGAUUGAUCAAGUAUUUAAUUUUACUGUGGAUGAAUCAGAAAGCAUAAACACAAUUUUGUCUUUUAGCUUGUUUACUGUUGGUAGUAAUUACGGUAAUGUAGUAAGUUGUAUUGAUAUGGGCAUGACGCGCAUAUGUGAAUUAGGUAAAUUGAGUGUAUGACCUUUUUCAAUCGAUAUAUCAACGGCAUACGCAUAUCAAGGAAAUUAUUACACGAUGUGUAAUUUAAGUACUUUAUCAUGCAGUUUGCCGAAGCAACUCUUAGAGUCGCUGUUCACCAGCAAAGCAUUUGGGAGACACACGCAGUCUCGUCUCUCCACCCUGUUGAUGAUGUCACGUAGCUGAAAAAAUGCAUUUUUUUCCUUCUGUCUUAAUCCUUUGUCCUUCCUUGUUCGUUCUGGGUUAGAUUCUGGGCUUCGGGCUGAUUUGCCAUUUUUGUGCUCUUUUGCUUUCCACCAUGGACAUUAAACCGCUCAAAGCUGUAGAUAUGAUUACUGGCUUGAGUUUGAUCGUGAUCUUGGUAAACACCGUUCAUGGAGAUGUGAGCUAUUCUUUUCCGGAGGAGAUGAAACGGGGAUCUAUGAUAGGAAACGUAGCCAAGGAUCUGGGACUCGAUGUGAACAGACUGGCAGCUCGUAAAGCUCGUAUUGAUACAGAAGGUAACCGAAAACGCUACUGUGACAUUAAUGUGAAUACUGGAGAGCUGACUGUAGCGGAAAGGAUUGACAGAGAGGGGCUUUGUAAAGAAAGGAUGACUUGUCUUCUCAGUUUUGAUCUCUUUCUGGAGAAUCCGUUGGAAUUACAUCGAAUUACAUUACAUGUCACAGACAUCAACGAUAAUUCACCAAUUUUUCCAAAGGAGGUAAUCAAGUUUGAAAUAACUGAAUCUGCUGUCAAAGGCUCUCGUUUCCGCAUUAAUGAAGCUCAUGAUUCGGAUAUCGGGCUGAAUGCAGUGCAAACGUACAGUUUACAAAAGAAUGCUAACUUCAUAUUAAACGUGAACUCUAUGAGCGAUGAAGGGAAAAAUGUUAAUUUAGUGUUGAAUAAGGAGUUGGAUCGAGAGCAGGAAGAGGUGAUAACAUUGAUUCUCACUGCGGUUGAUGGUGGGACUCCGCCUCGAUCAGGUUCUGUAGCCAUACACGUCACUGUACUGGAUGCUAAUGAUAAUGCUCCAGUGUUUAGUCAGGCUGUUUAUAAGGUCAGUCUGCCUGAAAAUUCUUCUCUAGACACUGUAGUGGCUACUGUGAGCGCUACUGAUGCAGACGAGGGAGUAAACGGUGAAGUAACUUAUGAAUUCAUCAGAGUUUCUGAUAUGGCCAAAGAAAUGUUUUCAUUAGAUCAAAAACUUGGACAAAUUCGGUUAAAGGGUCAUUUGGAUUAUGAAGAGGAAGUAAAAUAUGAAAUGCAAAUCGAGGCUAAAGAUGGUUAUGGACUCUCAUCUUUUUCAAAAGUCAUAGUAGAUAUUCUAGAUAUUAACGACAAUGCUCCAUCAAUAUAUCUUAAGUCUCUUAAUGAACACGUUCCUGAGAACACUUUGCCUGGUACAGAGGUGGCCAUCAUUAAUGUUCAGGACAGAGACUCUGACAAAAACCGACAGGUUCACUGUUCACUUCAGCAAAAUGUUCCAUUUAAACUCGUUCCAUCAAUUAAAAAUUAUUAUUCUCUGGUGACAACAGGUGAAUUAGACCGAGAGCUCGUAUCUGAUUAUAACAUUACAAUCACUGCUACUGAUGAAGGCUCUCCACCUUUGUCCUCCUCUAAAACUGUUAAUUUAUCAGUAGCUGAUGUGAAUGACAAUCCACCUGUAUUUGAGGAGCAGGUUUACAGCGCUCAUGUGAAAGAAAAUAACAAACCAGGCUCCUCUGUUUGUACAGUAGCAGCAACAGACCCGGACUGGAGACAGAAUGGCACUGUAGUUUAUUCUCUUCUACCUUCUGAUGUCAGUGGUGCUCCAGUGUCCUCAUUUGUAUCCAUUAAUGGAGACACAGGUGUUAUCCAUGCAGUGAGGUCUUUUGAUUAUGAGCAGUUUAAAAGUUUCAAAGUGCUCAUCUUAGCCAGAGACAACGGUUCUCCUCCCCUCAGCAGUAACGUGACUGUGAGCAUCUUCAUAAGCGAUGAGAAUGAUAACUCUCCACAAAUCUUAUACCCCUCUCCGGAAGGAAACUCCUUCAUGACUGAGAUGGUGCCCAAAGCUGCCCAGUCAGGCUCUCUUGUCUCCAAGGUGAUAGCAGUGGAUGCGGACUCUGGUCAAAACGCAUGGCUUUCUUAUCACAUAGUGAAAGCGACUGAUCCGGGACUUUUCACUAUAGGUGAGCACAGUGGAGAAAUCAGGAUGCAGCGGGACAUUUCUGAAUCUGACAGUACGAAGCAGAAUCUCAUUGUUUCAGUCAAAGAUAACGGACAGCCUUCCCUUUCUGCAACCUGCGCCGUCUAUUUACUCAUUUCUGAUAACCUGGCUGAGGUUCCUGAACUGAAAGACAUGUCUUAUGAUGAGAGCAGCUCCAAACUGACUUUUUAUUUGAUCAUCGCGCUGGUGUCCGUCUCCACUUUCUUCCUCACCUUCAUCAUCAUCAUCCUGGCCGUGAGGUUUUGUCACAGGAGGAAGCCCAGACUGCUGUUUGAUGGAGCUGUGGCCAUUCCCAGCGCGUACCUCCCUCCUAAUUACGCAGAGGUGGAGGGAGCGGGAACUCUCCGCAGCACCUACAAUUACGAUGCGUAUCUGACCACAGGAUCACGAACCAGUGACUUCAAGUUUGUCACUUCUUACAAUGAAGGGACUCUGCCUGCUGAUCUGACUCUGAGGAAAGUUCAGUCAUCUAUAAAUAGCCUUGAAGGGCUUGAUGGGGCAGCUAAUGAUUCUUCAAAGCAAAAACCUCCUAACACUGACUGGCGUUUCACGCAGAACCAGCGGCCUGGACCCAGCGGAGCGGCUGCCACUCCAGAGGUUGCCGUGGGAACAGGACCCUGGCCCAACCCCCCCACUGAAGCCGAGCAGCUCCAGGCUCUUAUGGCCGCCGCCAAUGAAGUGAGUGAGGCCACCAACACACUGGGCCCUGGUACCAUGGGUUUGAGCACUCGCUACAGCCCGCAGUUCACCCUGCAGCACGUGCCUGACUACCGGCAGAACGUCUACAUCCCCGGCAGCACAGCCACACUCACCGCCAACCCCCAGCAGCCCCAGCAAGCCCUGCCCCCUCCACAGGCCUCCGGAGCCCAGCCUGAGCCACCCAAGGCGGCCCAGACACCUGCCAGCAAGAAGAAGUCCACCAAGAAGGAGAAGAAGUAGAGAGAGCAGUAACAGUGAGAUGUUGAAAGAGGUAGUGAGACAUAGGUGAAAGCCUGAGGGAAGGUAGAGAGGUGGAUGGAGAGGGACUUGGAUUAGGGGAAGAAUAUGGCUUAAUCUUGCUUCUUCAGAGAUGAGGGUGAGCUUUGGUGCACUGAGCUUUUCUGGAUGUCUUUAAGGAGUAUAAGACUGAACGGGGGAGUGUAUCAAUGUGCACCGGCCUCUGUUUUUUUUUUUUUUUUUUUUUUUCUUUCUUUCUUUCUUUCUCAACUCUGGUGGAUGUGCACCUCCACCAUCCAUUUCAAUCCAUGCAUUACCUUUCUCACAUUAUAAUGUGGCUGAACAUGUAUAAUACUUUUUAAGUAGAGAUUAAGGUUCCUUUAGACUUGUUCCUUCCUCUUGUCUUGCUGAAUGUUCCUGAGGUUGGAUGAGUGAACUCAGAAACCAUUUUAUCUUUGUUUUAUUUUGUUGCUGUUGUUUUGAAAGAGUAUUUUUUGCAUAUAAGUCAUUGAGGUAUAUAACAUUACUCUGUGAUGGUGAUCUUGUACUAUUUCACUCGGAGGGAGGGGGGUAACCUGUGGUGAUCAUCACUUUGACAAUGACUAUAUGACUAUGGUAGUAAUGACUAUAUUGGUGACAAUUUCCUUGGAUUUUUUUUUUUAUCCCAUGCAUUUCCUAGCCUUACCCAAAAAGGUGUUACUGUUUGGUGUUUUUUUUUUUUUUUUUUUUUUUUGUGUAAAAUAUCACUUUUGUGUUCUGAUUUUUUUUUUUCCCUCAAAUCAUUUUUUUUUUCAGAUUAUGAAUGGUUUUUUUGCUGUGCCUAGGCUGCCACUGUUGGAGUUCAUAAAAAUAUAAAAAAGUAUGAGGUAUAAUACAGGUAAUACUUUUUCCUUGAUGCAGUUUUUUUUGCCAAACAUCCUAUAAAGUAAAGUGUAACUAUGCAUUGCGUGACAGAGAAGAACCCCUGAAGGUUAUCAACUCCACCUCUAUUUGAAGGAGGUUAUAAUGAUAUUUUCUAAAUGAUUUUUUUUGUGUGUGUUUAUUUUUCAGUUUAUGAGCUUAUCUUGCUGCUUGGCCAGCAAGUUAUGAUGUGCUCUUCCAGCAUUGCCCAGAUUAUUUAAAAAUGUUUUUACCAUUUCAGUGCAUGACUUCUAGCCUUUUGGCGUGCUAUGUGUCCAGAGCCGAUACAUGUACUGUAACAGAGGAACUGUAUCAUUACCAGCUGCCUGAUAAUCCAUAAUAUCUCAUUUAGAUCUUUCAAAGACAUCAAACCUGUACAAGCUUGCUUGAUUGAAGCUGGAAGUAUGUUGCGCUGUCACCGUGAAGUGUUGAAGAGCUGUUUGUUUGUAAUCAAUAAGUGGAUGUUGUUCAUAAUCAAUAAACGAUUCCAAACUCAGUGAUCCAACACUGACCGACCACAGAUUUUAGUUCAUGGUAACAUAGAUGAGAAAAUACUACUCAGGAGGGCAGAGAUGACAUUCAUAAACAUCUCAAGUCUCCAUGGCUCUAAUCAGAUGAAUUUUCCCUCCUCCUUUCAGCAUUUUAUUCCAUCCUUCCACUCAUUGGUGAGAGAACUUGUUGUAAAUAGUUAUCAGCCAAUAUACAAAGUAAGUUGGGAUCAUGUAAAAAAAAAAUGCAUCCAAUAAGAUUUCAGAUCCUGAGCUUGGAACACAGGCUUACUACUGGAAUGUGUUGCAUUGCUUUUGUUUUUUAGUAAAAUGAGAAAAAUAGAUAAAAUAAAUAAAUAAAUAAAUCACAAAAUGUUCUUGGAAAUAUGUGAUGCAGAAGUAGUAAUAUAGCACAUGAAGGCCAGCUAACUCUACUGUAAAUAAACAGAGUAACUUUUAACAGAAGAAAGCGACACACGCAUAGUCUAGAAACUUGUGACGUUUUUGCAUAUAUUUUUGUGUUCUUUUUUUUCUCUCCUGCUCUUCCUGUCUGAUUGAUCACCCUUAAAUAAAUAGACACAAAAGUAACACACCUCCUAACUGUCUAUAACCUUUCCUUUCUUUUCCUUUGUGAUUUCUAUUGUGCAUAUGUGCUAGGCUGCUUCUUAAUGUCUGUAUGAAGAAACAAAUAUAAAUAUUAUAUAUGUGUGUGUGUGUGUGUGUAUGUCUGCCGAUGCCGUAAUGCUCUGUGCCCAGCUGUAACAUCUUUCUUAAACGCUAAGAGCCCUUUCUCCUCAGUGUUACACUUAUUUUAUAUGCUAAUAUUUAUAUUGCUGUUUUAUUUUCUCUUGAACACUGACAUUUCAAAUAAAAGGUUAUGAAAUCAUUAA